AUGAUGUUUGCUUUUACAAGACAGAACUCUCCGUCGAAGUUUCGUUGGUUUCAUCUGUAUCCUGAAGCAGUUCUCUGCUGGCGCUGCACUGCAACCAUGGUUAAAAUAUUCAUCGGAAACGUCGCCCAAGAAACUCAGAAAGAAGAGAUUGAGGCGCUCUUCACUCCUUAUGGAACGGUGACAGAAUGCGCAAAGUUUACUAAUUUUGCCUUCGUUCACAUGGAUGACCGCAAGUCUGCAACGAAGGCCAUCAGAGAGCUCCACCACUACCAGCUCAACGGGAGACCCAUCAAUGUGGAGCCAAGCCGGGGAAAGAACCAGGGCCCCAUGAAACUCCAUGUGACCAACGUGGAGAGGGGCCAGGAGAAGGAGCUGCAGGAGCUGUUUGAAGAGUAUGGCACUGUCUCUGAAUGCGCUAUCGUCAAAACCUUUGCCUUUGUCCACAUGCCCAACUCUGACGAGGCCAUGGAUGCUCUGGAGGCUCUGGACAACUCUGAGUUUCAAGGAAAGCGCAUUCAUGUUCAGGUCUCUAACAGUAGACCAAGAGCAGCGCACCAGGAGGAGUACUAUGAGCCUCCGCCUGCGAGGGGUGGUUAUCCUCCUCGUUAUGACGACCGGCACGAGGCCUACACUAGCCGUAUGUCCGCGUACGCUCCACCGCCUCCAAUGCCACCGCCUCCUCCACGCCGUGCGCCGUAUCCCGACCGCUACGCUGGGAUGGUCGAUUACUAUGAGAAAUACAGAGCACGCUCCUACGCCUCCUCGCCGUACGAUGACCACCACUCGAGCGCCAUACCUCCUCCGCCGCCGCCCUCCUCUGCUCUGGCUCAGCGCCUGGGCCUCGACCCGUACGAGCGCCGCUCACUUCCUCCCCCGCCAUCGUACUUGACCCGAGACAGGAGCCCUCUGCGGCGGGCGCCGCCGCCACCUCCUCCUGCCGGUAACGGCUACUCCUACGAGCGCUCUCGCUUGUCCCCGGCCUCCAGAGGCGGUAAUCUAAGGUUUAGAAUAUGA